CGCCGCGCCCGUGACCCGGAAGAGCAUUCUCCUUAGCAACUGAGGGACCGCGGUGCCGCCGGCCUCCCGGGAGCAACGAUGAGAAAGUAGAGUCCUGGAGAAGUUUCAGUGAUUUGCCCAAGGACAGACAUCUGCUAGUAAGAACUGAGCUGCUCAAGGCAGGAAGAACUCUGAGCUGAGCAGUGGAGGCCCUCCUGGAUUGGAGAGAAGAGGCAACCUUGGAACCAGUAAUGAGCCAUCCUGACUACAGGCUGACACUCCGGCCCCUGGAGACCCCCAGAGGUGUGUCCUCUGUGGUUGGCCCACAUGGUGUUGGUGCUUCGCCAGGUGACAAAAAGUCAAAGAACAAGUCCCUACGAGGGAAGAAAAAGAGCAUAUUUGAAACCUACAUGUCCAAGGAAGAUGUUUCAGAAGGCUUGAAGAGAGGAACACUUAUCCAGGGUAUAUUGAGAAUUAAUCCAAAGAAGUUUCAUGAAGCCUUCAUUCCUUCCCCGGAUGGUGAUCGAGACAUUUUUAUUGAUGGGGUCGUUGCUCGUAAUAGAGCCUUGAAUGGGGAUCUGGUGGUCGUGAAGCUGUUUCCGGAGGAACAGUGGAAGGUAAUUAAACCAGACAGCAAUGACAAAGAAACAGAAGGUGCCUAUGAAUCAUAUCUCCCUGAGGAGCUCUGUGGAAGCCUUCUCCCACAACAGUCCCUGAAAGGCUGUAAUGACAGUCCUGAUGUCAUUAUAGAGGCUCAGUUUGAUGACAGCGACUCAGAAGAUGGACAUGGCAACACACAAAAUAUUCUUGUUGAUGGUGUUAAGAAACUCUCGGUUUGUCUUCAUGAAAAAGGAAAAGAGGAUGCUGGUGCACCAGUUACAAAAGAUGAGAACAUCUCCAUGGCACAGGAUACAAGAACUUUACCAGAGAAGUCACUGCAAAGAUCAGCAAAGGUGGUUUACAUCUUGGAGAAAAAACAUUCCCGAGCAGCAACUGGCUUCCUCAAACUCUUGGCUGAUAAGAACAGUGAACUAUUUAGGAAAUACGCAUUGUUUUCUCCCUCGGACCACCGAGUGCCUAGAAUUUAUGUGCCUCUCAAGGACUGUCCCCAGGACUUUGUGACUCGGCCUAAGGAUUAUGCCAACACGCUGUUCAUCUGCCGCAUCGUGGACUGGAAGGAGGACAGCAAUUUUGCGCUGGGGCAGCUGGCUAAGAGUCUUGGUCAGGCUGGCGAAAUCGAGCCUGAAACAGAAGGAAUACUAACAGAGUAUGGUGUGGAUUUCUCUGAUUUCUCUUCAGAAGUUCUAGAAUGUCUCCCUCAAGGCCUGCCCUGGACAAUUCCACCGGAGGAAUUCAACAAGAGGAGAGAUUUAAGAAAAGACUGUAUCUUCACCAUUGAUCCGUCAACUGCCCGCGACCUUGAUGAUGCCCUCUCCUGCAAGCCACUCACUGAUGGCAACUUUGAAGUGGGAGUUCACAUCGCUGACGUGAGUUACUUUGUUCCUGAGGGAUCUGAUUUGGAUAAAGUGGCUGCUGAGAGAGCUACAAGUGUCUACUUGGUUCAGAAGGUCAUCCCCAUGCUUCCCAGGCUGCUGUGUGAGGAGUUGUGCAGCCUCAAUCCUAUGACUGACAAGCUGACCUUCUCCGUGAUCUGGACACUAACUCCAAAGGGCAAGAUCCUUGAUGAAUGGUUUGGCCGGACUAUCAUCCGCUCCUGCACCAAACUGAGCUAUGAACAUGCACAGAGCAUGAUUGAAAGCCCUACUAAGAAAAUCCCUGAGAAGGAGCUGCCCCCCAUCUCCCCGGAGCACACCAGUGAGGAGGUACACCGGGCUGUCUUGAAUCUCCACGGAAUUGCAAAGGAGCUACGCAAGCAGCGGUUUGUGGAUGGCGCCCUGCGUUUGGAUCAGCUAAAGCUUGCUUUUACUCUGGACCAUGAGACUGGAUUGCCUCAAGGGUGUCACAUCUACGAGUACCGAGACAGCAACAAGCUCGUGGAGGAGUUCAUGCUCUUGGCCAACAUGGCAGUGGCCCACAAGAUCCACCGCGCCUUCCCCGAGCGGGCCCUGCUGCGCCGGCACCCUCCACCCCAGACCAAAAUGCUCAAUGACCUGGUGGAAUUCUGUGACCAAAUGGGGCUGUCCAUGGACUUCAGCUCUGCCGGGGCCCUCAAUAAAAGUCUGACCGAAACAUUUGGAGAUGACAAGUACUCACUGGCCCGGAAGGAGGUGCUCACCAACAUGUGCUCCCGGCCCAUGCAGAUGGCGCUGUACUUCUGCUCUGGGAUGCUGCAGGAGCAGGCGCAGUUCCGCCACUACGCCCUCAACGUACCGCUCUACACGCACUUCACCUCUCCCAUCCGCCGUUUCGCCGACGUCCUGGUGCACCGUCUCCUGGCUGCCACACUCGGCUACAGGGAGGUACCCAAUGUGGAGCCUGAUGCCCUGCAGAAGCAGGCUGACCACUGUAAUGACCGCCGCAUGGCGUCCAAGCGUGUGCAGGAGCUCAGCACCAGCCUCUUCUUUUCCGUCCUGGUCAAGGAGAGUGGCCCCCUGGAGUCGGAAGCCAUGGUGCUGGGCGUCCUGAACCAAGCCUUCGACGUGCUGGUGCUACGCUACGGGGUGCAGAAGCGUGUCUACUGUAACGUCAUCACCAUCUUCAGCCUGGUGGAGGUAGUGCUGCAGGCGGAGGACGCGGCCCUCAAGUACAGCGCCAUCCUGAAGCGGCCGGGCACUGAGGGCCUCCUGGGCCUGCAGGACGAGGAGGAGUGUGACCACGACCAGCAGGAGGACUGAGGCUGCGAGCCUGGCCACACCCCACCCAGCGACGUACCAACCUCCCCCACUGGCUUUUAGGAAUAAGACCUUUGCACACCAAAGGGGAUUUUUAAUUUGGUUUUUAACAACUCAGGGUUUUGUUUUUAUUUUUUCCUUUUACUUCAUUUUUGCUGCUCAGUUUUUAACGAACUGGAGGGGAGCGGGUGGGGCUGGACGGAAGGCUGGGGCCUGGCCAGUGCUCCUGGGAGGCCAGCCCCACUUCUGCCGGGCAACCACUGCCUUCCCCUGCCCAGGAAGCCAGGGGUUUUCAGCGAAUCAGUGUCAUGGAAUAAAAUCAAGUGCGAAGCACUGCCUGGUGU